GUCAGUGGCACGGUCUCGUAGUAAAUAUUUUGAAAUGUAUAAAUUGACCAAAAAUGUAACUGUAAAGGUUGCAAUUAAACCUCAAAAUUCAGAUAGUGUAUUAUCCUGUAGUAAACAAACAAUGAGUGGGAAUGAAACAUAGAUGAUGGAUGAUAGGAACGGUUGCUUUGACCACGAUGACUUGUUUGCUCGGCUUGGUGCCGAAACGGACUGCCUUAAGGAUUUCAUCUUGGAGCCUAUGCAGCCGCUUAGUGUUCCGUCUCUUCUUCCUACCCAACCACCACCCAUUCCACAGAUCUCAUGGAACAAUGGGCAGAUCCACUACCCGACUCCAAUUCCCAAUGUGGAUCCACUAGGCCUUCCUCAUGAUGAUGUACUUUCUCUUCCUCAUGAUGGUGGUCUUAGCUUGGCCCAUGAUCCAGGAUUAAUUCUUCCCCAUGAACAUUGUUUAAACCAACCACAGGAUCAUGUCUACCCUACCGAAAUGGAAACAGUUCCUGUUACCAACGGGGACUGUUGGUCCCCGGCUGGUUUUGUGGGUGCAAGUCCAGCUGGUUUCACAACUGCUAGUGCUAGUGAAAGAACUGUGAGUAGUGACUGUGUUAGCUCAGAAACGAUGUGUUCCCCAAGUGAAGGGACCAGUGAUAGUCCGAGUGGCAGUAAGAAUGUAGUAAAUUUUGAGACUUUAGAAACACAAAAGAAGAGAGGUCGAAAGAAAAAAAGCUCUGAAAAGAAAAGACAUACAACAGUUGCAACCUAUCAUUCACAAAUUUCACCUGAACAAAAUGGCAUUAUUUUAAAAAUAAGGAAAUCAAUGACUGAAGUACCUCAGAAAAAUCGAAAAAGAAGACAAAAAGAAUCUGAGAGAUAUGAAGAAGAGUAUGAAGAGCCUGAGGUGCAAAGUGGUUGGGGAAGUCAUUUACCUAAACUUGUGCUUCACAAAAUUUUUCAAAUGGUUACAAGGACUGAAGGCUGUGUUCCAUUUUUAGUAAGGGUUUCUCGUGUUUGUCGGCUGUGGCGUGAGGUGGCCAUCUCCCCUCGUCUGUGGCAGCAUGUUGACCUUGCCAGCACAUGGGUUAAAGACAGAGCAAAAAAUGACCUGAAGUUUCGUUGGCUGUGUGAAAACAGGCUUGCACUUGUCCAUGAUCUUAAUAUUGGUGGUUGGGAGUUCGACGGCAUUCCAACUAUUCUUGAUAAACUUGCCUCUUCCUGUGGAGAGCUACGUGGCCUAAGCUUGACAGGGUGGCAAGGACUGUCGGCUGAGCAUGUCAAGUUCCUAAUCUCACACUGCCCGAAACUCCAGCGUCUUGAUCUGUCCUCCAUCAAUCCUGAAAUGGGGAAUCCGAGGAGUGCAGUUUCCAUGCUGUCUCUAGUCUCCUUAGCCCAAGAAAUGGGGGAGCGCCUUACCCAGCUUGUUCUUUCUGAUAACAAGCUGUCCGGAAUUCCUCAGAUCGUUUCGGCACUAGCGAGUUGCUGUCCAAAUCUGCAGGUGCUUGACCUGUCCAAUGUUCGAACUGUAUCGCACACUACAGUUCAUCUGCAUAUAGAAAAACUGCAGAAAGGUUGUCCAAAGUUGCGCGUACUUAGGAUAACCAAUAGCGAACUAGCCAUUGCUACUGUCUCACUGAAAGAGCAGAGCUUGUCAGAGGGAUUUCCAAUGUUGGAAGAGUUAAGCGUGGCUGACACUGCAGGAACUAUGUGCGCCCAACCAGUAAUUGAUGAUGAUUCCCUCCAGAGGAUAUUGAAGAGUUCUCAUAAAUUGAGGCUGCUCGAUGUCAGGGGAUGUUCUAGAGUCACUGGUAACUCACUCGUCCGUUUGCCUGCUUGGGAUCUGGAACACCUGUUUCUAUCAGGCUGUUAUGUGACCCGCAUCAACGAUUCAGGGCUAGAGCUUAUCUGCCAGAAGUGGGCUCACAGCCUCAUUGAGGUGGACCUGGCCUGGUCCACUGCCACUCUUCCGUUGGACCAGGCUGUAGCUGCUCUUGCCAGCCCUGACCACAGCUCUCCCCUAAGGGUGCUGAACUUGUGUGGGUCUUCAGUUAAUUUGGACCCAGUGAAGUCAGUGCUGGCUCGAUGCCCUAUGCUCAGCUCUUUGAACCUGAGUUCUUGUAGGGCAAUGCCGAGGGGCAUCAAACGGCUCUACACUGGUCAGGCUCUGUCACAGCUUCGAGCCAACAUGGCAAAGGAGCAGGAGUGAACAACAGAAGCAAACUGUGUUCUUAUUUAUAUAUAAGUAUAUAGAGAAAAAGUUAUCUUUUAUAUAUAGUUCUUGGUUUAGUCAAACUGUGUACGUCGGGACUUCUUAUUUUAAGUUCGAAAUGAGUUUUGAAUUCUAAACGGGUUUGAUUAAGUCAUGGGACAGAAGAUGUUAAGAGAGAGAGAGUGAAGAACCUACGCUUGAGGCGUUUGUCGUGCUUUAAUCAACAUGUAAAAUAUUAAGACAAUAGUUACCUUCUGAUGAGAUUUUUGUAAGCAUUCUGUCUGGUCACUGUGUUUGUUUAGAGUGAAAUAAAUAUGUUCUUGGGCUUAGAAAUACUUCAUAAUAAAAAAAAAAAAAAAUCAAGCUCCUUAUUUUGAUGCUUACAUGGGUUAUUUUAUAUGUAAUGACAGAUUGUUGGAAGAGCAACUUUUUGUAAUUAAUUACAGUGCAUAUUGGUAGAUACAAAGCCUUGCACAGAUUGAGUGAAAUAAUCUGUAGUGCAAAAAAAGGUAGAAAUGCAAUGUUUUAAAUUCUAAUAUCCAUUAUCUCUAAGUAGAACUUUAAAGAUAAAAAUAGAAUAUUCCGUUUGUUUUCAAUUUGUUUAGUAUAUUAAAAUUUAUUAACACUGAAGGGGAAAAAGUGGCCAGAUUAUCUUAUUUAUUUAGUUUUUAAAUCAACUAAUAGUUAAUAUCUCUAGUUACAAACAAGUCUUUCACAACAAUUAAUUGAUCAUUUAAGAACAAAUGAUGUAUAUAAUUAAAAAUAACAAAAAAAUAAAUUUGUAUGAAAAUUAAAAUUUCAAUAGGAUGUCAUUCCUAUUGAUGUUUUGAUAGUUAAUCAGAGAUAUUUUCAUCUUCUUUCAUUAAAAACAUCCAUUAACUUUAAUAGAGAUACUAGUAAAUAUAUGGACUAUGUUAGAGCCACAUUUUUUCCAUGUUGUUAUUUUCAAUAUAUUAAUAAUUUUAUAUUCUCUGUUUGUUGGAUUUAGUCCUUUCCAUCAUAAAAACUUUUCAUUUUAAUAUAAUAAUCUGAACGAAAUUAUCACUCUUUUUGUGCAGGGUGUUACUAAUCACCUAAGCAUAUAUUUAUGAGUAUUAUUUAUUUUUUAUACAUAUAAAUAUUUUUACUUUAUGAAUUUUAUUAUAUUGUGGGUUUGAUGGAGAAAAUCAUUUUUAUUUGGACGGUUUGUAUCGCCUCUUAGCAUUGGAUAUAGUGACUCGUGAUUUCAUCAUCAGUCAGAUGUUGACUCGUAUACUUCCAUUUGUGUAAAUAUUUUUUAAAAUUUGAAUCUAUGUAAUUUUUUAAAAGUAAAUAAAUGUUGCUGAGUCGUAAUACUGCUAGGUAAUUUUGUGUUUUGAAUUAUGUUAGCAUAUGAAUUCUUGUGAUAUGUGUUGAGUGAGAGUUACUAAUCUAUUUAUCAUUUUUCAUUUGCGUUAAAUUAUGUUAUUGUAUGUAUAUUUUUUUUAUUUUUAAUAAGUUAUUAUUUUUUAUGUCUUUUAUUUGUGUGCCAGUGAAUAAAAUUUCUCUUGAAUCUCUCCAGCAAAGCCACAAUAGAUAAGCAUAUGUGUGAUGUUUUGUUUGUAUCAAUGUAAUUCUUACAUUGUCGAAUAUGUUGAUCACUACUAGUAAGAUUGCUCAUAAUUAUCUAUUACAUGUUAAAAUCUUA